UUCUUCUCUUUUCUUCCGAUAAAGAGAAGUUAAUUGCCUUAUUUCGCCGUCCGAACUUGAUCGUGUUCUUUCUCCUUUUCUCUUUUCGAUAACUUCGAGGUGUAAUAUACCCACGCGCUUGAAAUAGAAUAGCAGUGGAAAUUGGUAAAGGGACAUAAGCGGGGGCAUUAUUGUCAUUCGGAUCAAGGUGGUUUAUGGUUAUAUAAAGGAAUGAAAAUUUUGUUUGGAAACUGGGAAAUUUUUUGUUGACCUCACAAAAGAGUCAGAUAUAGUUCUCAUCGAGUAAGAACUCAGGGUCGAAAGACAAGAGAAUACAGAGCUCAGACAUGGACCUUGCCAUGGAAUCCAUGGCGGCCUCGAUCGGUGUAUCGGUCGCUGUGCUCCGUUUUUUACUCUGUUUCGCCGCCACAAUACCUGUUAGCUUCUUAUGGCGAUUUGUUCCGGGUCGAUUCGCUAAGAACCUCUACGCGGCACUAUCGGGGGUUCUCCUAUCUUAUCUCUCAUUUGGGUUCUCUUCAAAUUUGCAUUUUUGGGUCCCCAUGUUACUGGGUUACGCUUCCAUGGUCUUGUUUCGCCGUCAUUGUGGGAUUAUCACCUUCUUCUUGGGAUUCGGCUAUCUCAUUGGCUGCCAUGUCUACUAUAUGAGCGGGGAUGCAUGGAAGGAAGGAGGAAUCGAUGCAACUGGAGCCUUAAUGGUGUUAACUCUGAAAGUUAUAUCAUGUGCAAUAAACUACAAUGAUGGGAUGAAAAAAGAGGAAGAGUUGAGUGAGACUCAGAAGAAAAACCGAUUGAUUAAGUUACCUUCAAUCAUUGAAUAUUUUGGUUACUGCCUUUGUUGUGGCAGCCACUUUGCUGGUCCAGUUUAUGAAAUGAAGGAUUACCUUGAUUGGACAGAGAGAAAAGGGAUUUGGAGCCCAUCAGAAAAAGGAUUGUCACCAUCUCCUUAUGGGGCAACUCUUCGAGCUCUACUCCAAGCUGCAUUUUGUAUGGGACUGUAUUUGUACCUGGUUCCCCAGUUUCCUCUGUCCCGUUUUACAGAUCCAUUAUACCAAGAAUGGGGAUUCUGGAAACGUUUGGGCUACCAGUACAUGUCUGGGUUUACAGCACGAUGGAAAUAUUAUUUUAUCUGGUCGCUUUCAGAAGCGUCCAUCAUUAUUUCUGGCCUAGGAUUUAGUGGCUGGACCGAAUCUUCACCACCAAAGCCGAAAUGGGAUCGUGCUAAGAAUGUUGAUAUUCUAGGUGUUGAGUUAGCAAAGAGUUCAGUUCAGUUGCCUCUUGUGUGGAAUAUACAAGUCAGCACCUGGCUUCGUCAUUAUGUUUAUGAGAGACUCGUUCAGAAGGGAAAGAAACCGGGUUUCUUUCAGUUGCUCGCAACACAGACUGUCAGCGCUGUAUGGCACGGAUUGUAUCCUGGCUAUAUUAUAUUCUUUGUUCAGUCCGCAUUGAUGAUUGCUGGUUCAAGAGUCAUUUACAGAUGGCAGCAAGCUAUACCGCCGAAGAUGUCCCUGUUUAAGAACAUACUUGUGCUCUUUAACUUUGCUUACACCCUUUUGGUCCUCAACUACUCUUGUGUUGGUUUCAUGGUAUUAAGCCUCCAUGAAACUCUUGCUUCGUACGGAAGUGUGUACUAUGUGGGAACCAUUAUUCCCAUUGCACUGAUCUUACUUAGUUAUGUAAUCAAACCAGCUAAGGCUGCCAGACCAAAGUCUCGGAAAGAUGAAUGAAUGAGAGGUAGAAAAUCCUUGUUUCUUCCCUUGGCAGUGUUUGGAAACGAGAAUAGGAGAAACAAACAACCACUCCUCUACAAGUUUUUUCUUUUUUCUUUCUUUUUUAACUUAUGCACUACCUUUUUUCGUUUUUGGAUCUCAAAACUGUUAAAAGUUACCUGCAUAUCUGAUUUGAAAUGGCAUUAAUUUACAUCCAAUCAAUGCCCACCUACUUACUGCUUCUGUAGUUAUUUCUUGUUUUUGGAAGUUUGGUUGUAGAUUCAUCAUAUCCCACCAAAGCGUGAAGCCAAAAAAGAUGGAGGUUCGAUUAUUAGUCCAUUGAGUGAAUUUUGAUAUAGCUAAAGUUAAUUAAAGGACUUGACUAUAUGAACUUUUGUAAGUUCAAGUAUUAUGAUUAUUUAAGAACAAAACAAAAGUUAAUCACUUUAUUCUCUCUUUGACUAAGUAAUCAAAAUUUGCUUACUUUUUUCUA